UACUGCGACGCGUUGGGUGAACUGCAUGACGAGAUUGAAGAAAUGUCGCACAACGUAAACGACAGCCAACGGCUUACCGGCAACGCAAUGCCGGCUUUGAAUUCUACGCUACCUGGUCAAAUUAGCACGCCUAAGUCUAUUCUACCUAAGAUUGAGUUGCCCAAAUUUGACGGGUCAUUCCAAAAGUGGCUUUGUUUUAAAGAUCUGUUCUUCACGUGUAUUGUGCAGGAUUCGUCACUAUCCAAUGUUCAACGGAUGCAUUAUCUCAAAGGUAGCUUGCAAGGUGAAGCUGAAGCUAUGCUUCGAAAUUUAAAUGUAAUGGAAGAUAAUUUCCAAAUUGCUUGGGAUAUGUUGCAAAAGCGAUAUGACAACAAACGCCGCAUGGUAAAAUCGUAUCUUUGCAACAUACUCAAGCUAACCCCAGUACAAACAGAGUCCGAUGUGAAUCUACGCAAACUACUUGAUAAUGUUACCGAGUCUGUACGUGCUUUAAAGCAACUUGGUCGUCCAACGAAUCACUGGGACGACUGGCUCGUCUUCCUGGUGACGGAAAAGUUAGAUCCAGUAACAGUUAAGGACUGGGAGAUGUCCCUUGCUUCUUCAGACGUAUUGCCUGAGUAUGAUGCUCUGACAUCCUUCCUCGAGAAGCGCAUUCAGGGCCUAGAAGCAAUGGUUGCUGUCACAAAAGUAAAACCCAAGGAGUCAGCUCCAAAGCCGCCUCAGCACGCGGCUAUUCGUAGUCAUCAAACAAGCCUUGGUCGAUGCCCAUGCUGUGCUGGGAAGCACGCGUUGAUGUACUGUUCAGAGUUUCGCAGAAAAACGCCAAGUGCAAAACUUGAUGUGGUUACAAACUUUAAGCUUUGCCGAAACUGUCUUAAGGCA